AUGUCGGCGGCGGAGCUGCUUCUGCGCGUGCCGGUGCUGCUCUGCGCGGCGUCGCUCGAGCUCCUAGGUUACGCGUCUUCCGCGCUCGUCUUCCUCGCCGGCCUCCUCGCCGGCUUCGCCGCCGCUUACCUCCUCCUCAUCUACCCGCUGCCGCUCACCGUCAAGGAGGUGGAGCAGCGCGUGGCGCCGGCGGAGGGGCUGGACGAGAAGGCGCUGAGAAGGUUCUUCGUGCAUCUGCCGCCGUGGGUCAGCAACCCCGACUAUGAGCGGGUGGAUUGGCUCAAUCGGAUCGUGGCGGAGAUGUGGCCAUAUGUCAACAAGGCGGUAUCAGAGGCGGUGCAGAGGGAUGCGGUAUCAGAGGCAGUGCAGAGGGACGUGACACCUCUGCUUCUUGACAACAAGCCCUCCUUCCUGCACUCCCUCUCCUUCUCCCACUUCUCCCUCGGCCCCCUCCCACCAGCCAUCAUCGCCAUCAAGUCCCUGGAGACGCACGAUGACGAGGUGAUCAUCCAGCCGGUCAUGCGGUGGGCGGCCAACAACAACAUCGCCGUCACUGCCUCCCUGCAUGGCUUUAACCUCUCCGUACAGCUGACGGAUCUGCAUGUGAGGGCAGUGGCGCGCAUCACAGUGAAGCCGCUCGUGCCGAUCUUCCCCUGCUUCUCGCGCAUCACCCUCGCACUCAUGGACAAGGUGCGUGCCUAG